UCCAGGUGACCAGCUGUAAUAUAAUAAUUACUCUCGAGGCCCAUCUGUUUGUUCUCGAGACAGGUGCAGGCAAGCGCGGUUGGUGGCGGCCUCUAGCGAAGAAAAAUGCAAGUAGUGACAAACGGCGCCAUAUUCAGUCAUGUCAGAAGCGGACAACUUCGUGUUGGUGACUCGUCGUGGAAAACGUCGUCACGGAAGAAGGAAUUUACGUGGAAACGCGCCGCCGAGCGUGAUCGUAGAACAGGACUGUGAGAUCGAUCGCGAGCUUCUUCUUCGCACGUUAGACAAGGCGGUAGUCGAAAUCAGAGACACAUCGUUUACCAAGUUCAUUUUUAGCCGGCUGUCGGAAUCCCUAGCCGUUUUAGGCUCUAACAGUGUUUCUGAGAUAGUCUGCUACGGGUUAGGACAGUUCUCGCAGUAUAGAUCGUCGAGAUGCCAAUUGGCGCUUCUGCUGUGUAUGAAGGCGCGAUACGAGCCGGUCCGCGUACACGUAUACGACCCGGCGUUUCAUCCCGAGGAAGUACAAACUUUGCGUACCUUGGGAUUAGAGGUCAUAGAGACAAACGAAGAAGGCAAGCGUGUCGUCCAGCGAGAUAGGAUCACCCUCGUGUACAUGCCGCACUGCUCGCGGCAGCUGACCAAUAAUUUCCUAUAUGCGAAUUGGGAUGAUGGACUGAGCAGUUGCAUCCUGUUGGCCAACAGUCUCUCAGACACCGUCGAUAAUUUCUUGCAUAAGGACGUAUUGAAUACAGCGGGCUACAUAUUACGCAUUCGACCUUAUGUUACAGAGAUUCGAUUGGAAAAUUCCUUCGUGUACGAGGAAGUUUUCAACGACCUUAAUAUUCAUAUCUUUACAAGACAAAAUCUGGUUAAGGUCCCAGCAGAUUUCUGGAACACUAAAGAAGAACCACAGUAUUUAACGAAAGACGUUGAAUUCGUUACAGCUGUGCAGUGACAAAUGACGUUUGAUACACUAAUACAACGACAAUGAAUAAUAAUAUUAAAAUUGUCCGUUCUCUGGUGCAAGAGCUGCGUCGAGUUUCACAGAC